CUUCCUGUCUCCUCUCCGAUGGAUGCCGCCGAGGUCGAAUUCUUGGCCGAGCAGGAGCUCGUCACCAUCAUCCCCAACUUCAGCCUGGACAGGAUUUACCUCAUCGGGGGGGAUUUGGGUCCCUUUAAUCCUGGGCUGCCUGUGGAAGUGCCUCUCUGGCUGGCUAUCAACCUAAAACAAAGGCAGAAGUGUCGGCUGAUACCUCCAGAAUGGAUGGAUGUAGAAAAGCUGGAGCAAAUUAGAGAUCAGGAACGUAAAGAAGACACUUUCACCCCAAUGCCUAAUCCCUUCUAUAUGGAAUUAACUAAGUUGCUGCUGAACUAUGCUGUAGACAAUAUUCCAAAGGCAGAUGAAAUCCGAACAUUGGUUAAGGAUACAUGGGACACUCGACUAGCAAAACUCCGAUUGUCUGCAGAUAGCUUUGUAAGACAGCAGGAAGCACAUGCGAGGCUGGAUAAUCUGACUCUGAUGGAGAUCAACACCACUGGUGCUUUCCUUACCCAAGCAUUAGAUCACAUGUACAAGCUCCGUACAAAUCUCCAGCCGGGAGAGAGCGCCCAAUCCCAGGACUUUUGACAGCAGAAAUCUUCCAUGAAAUGGGGUCCUGGUACUCUGCUGAUCAGCAAUUUUUCCUGAAUCUUAAGCAACCACGUCUGUGUGAUAUUAUUGGCAAAUUAGAGAAAGCAAAAACUCUUGUCAUGGCAGAUCUCAACAUAACAUAAUUCUUGAUAGCAUCUGCUUGUGGGAAGCUAAUGGCAUGUUAAGGCUGCAACAUUAUAGCUGAUCCAAUCUGCCAGUGUUACAAAGAGGUAUGAAUGUGUCCUCAGCAGUUGAGGUACGUGACCCGUUCCUGCAACAACUGUCCUCAGCAAACAGCUGCUCUUGCCCAACAGCACUCCAAACUCCUGUGUGGCUGUCAUUCCAAGAUGAAUUGGCUUGUAGUGCUUUGCUGCUGUCUUUUUCCUGUGCUGGAUUAUUUUACUCUCAGCCUUAAACGAGAAGAAGGAAACAAAUUGGUCCCCUCUCCAAGGGAUCCAAUUCCUCAGUGGGCCCUUAUCUUCUGUUGCCGCUGGGAGAGAUGACAGAGUGAGACUAUUUUAAACACCUACUUUCACAGCACUCCUGUGGACCUGCCUGGGGAGUGAUAUGUAACUGCUAACCCAUCUUUCCAGCAGGACACAGUGCUUCCACUGUGAUAUCACUUACUGCAGUCUAUUUGUCAACUGUCCUCAAAGAUAAAGGAUCUUCUCUGGUUGCCUUGACAGCAGCUGUUGAAGUGCACAGGUUUUGUGUAUGAGUGGCUGCUAAGAGGGAGAACGUGUACUCUGAGAAUAUGGAGCCACAAAAAAAGGCAAAUCACUUGGUCUGGUUUGUGUUCUUUUUUUAAUCCCUGCUGUGGAAGCUCUCCACUCUUGAUUUACUAAAGCCAGGCUGCAUGUUGCAGCCAGUGCCUAUCCGUUUUAAUCCAAUUCAUGGGCAUACACUGGUUGAUGGUGCUCAGGCCAUUGGUCAUAUAGUAAAUGUUGCUAGCUGU